AUGGAUGCCAAUAUAUGCGAUAUGAAUCACUUGGAUGCUAACGAAGUCCUUUUGCCCCCACGAAAGCGUCUGCUCACUGGGUACAAGAAGCGUGCUUUCGAUUCUGCCGAUCCCCAUACCGGCACACUUGCUAAUGCUAAUGCUAGUGCUGCUGCUGGCUUGUCGUCCACUGCGUCUCCUUAUUCCCAGUCGUCAUCAUCCCCCCUCGUCUCACCUCCACCUUCGCCAUCCGCAACCCGGUUCCAGACCCAUCUCAGCGACAUUCUAAGUAGUCAUUUCAACGAUAACCUUACUCCCGAGGAGAUCGUGACAGCUUCGAGAACAGCAGCCGAUGCUGCUGUGAAGGCUGCGGAGGAAGCUAGAGCAGUGGCACAGGACAAGGCUGCUAUGGCUGCAAAAGCUGUGGCUGCUGCCAAGGAAGCACUAGCCAUGGUUGCCUCUUUCUCUGAAAAGGAGAAGAGAGUUGUGGAAAACAGAGAGACAAUUCGUUUUAGGAAGAAGAAACUGAAGAAGAAGCAUGUCCAAGUUCAGGUCUUGUACAACAAAAAAGACCAACAACCCAUUAUGGCGGGGGGAGCUAUUAAAAGCUUUCCCGCCUCAGCAGGUUGCAUUGAGUUAUGA